GCAUCCGAAACGGAACUGGAUCUAUUUUGAACCUUUGAAGUUCAGCUAAUAAACAUCGCACCUGCGUUGACAGCUAGCGAAACAACAACACAACACCUCGUUACCAGAGCAGUGCAAUCGGAAAGGCGGGUACUUGUACAGCAAGAAAAACUUAGAUUAGGCAAACAGAGUGUAUUUUCUUCUGGAACCAAAAACCGAAAUCUAAAAAUUGUCGUUUACGGCAAAGCAAUACGAUGAACAGUAUCGGUGAAAACUGUACGCAACUGAAAAAGGAUUACGAUAACUGCUUCAACAAUUGGUUUUCGGAUCGAUUUCUGAAAGGCGAUACAGACGAUUCACUGUGUGCUCCACUGUUCAAAGUUUAUCAGCAGUGCGUGAAGGAAGCCAUGAAGCAGCACCAUAUCGAAUUUAAAGAAAUCGAAAACGAUUACCUUGGCACAAAGGAUGAAGAAAAGAAACCACCUCCGAAGGAAAGUUGAAGCCAUACGUACCUUCUUUACCUGAUGGACGGCGUCUAUCGUGAGCCUGUGGUUGUCGGCGAGUGACACAUUCGUUAGCAUCGACCAGACUGCUAGUCAAAUAAGCAAGCAAAAGUUCAAUAUUAGUUAAUAUGAUCGUUUUAUCCCGAAAAAAGGUGCGCGAUUUAGUGUAGAUCCUCCCACGGGUGGUGGUAAUUAAACCUGGUGACUGUGGGCGCAAAUAGUGAUUGAUGGUGUAGCGUUUCCUUGACAACCGUUCAUCAUUCCUUGGAUUGUAUUAGCUUAAAAGGGAUAUGAAAUCAAUCUGCACUGUUUGUGUCCUAUUGCGAAACCCGCUCCCUCACGAGUGUUGUACGCAUGUUACGUAUAAAAUAGGUUGUUUUUGUUAAUAAUAAAAAUAAAACAAUUUUGUAUCGUUUGAUACACGUAAAAACCAA